AUGGGAGUCUUGAAGGGAUCUGUAGUUGUGGUGGAAUUAAUUGUCGUGUUCAUUGCCGCCUGCGAUGAGGUUGAGAGGAUGCUUGACAAGACGAUACCGUCGGUAAAUUACACUCUCGACACUGCCCAAUCAGGCAUUUCCGUGGCACCCAUGGACCCUGUCUCCACCAAUCAGGGGUUCAUGCUCCCCGAGGCGAAACGAGUAACGCUGACUCAGCAGCCCCAUGAAUCUUCGUUCUUUUCGUUCUUUCGUUCUUCUGGUACCGAUCUCUCCGGUGGUCCGUUCCAAAUCCAGUCCUCGUUCUCACUGGAUUGCCCCCUUUGGUCGAAGGCGAGACAAUUCUGA